GAAGGCGGGCUUGCCGGUUGAGUGCCAGGCGGCGGGACCGCGAUGGCUGACGGAGAGCAGCGAGCGCCGCAAAAUGAGGGCGGCUGUUGCGUUGGGCUCUCGGCCCGCUACUUUUGCACGGCGGGACGCGGGAUGGAGCCCUUCCUGCAGAGAGAGGUGCAGGCUCGGCUGGGCGCCCAACAGGUGGAAUAUGUAUCAGGAAAAGUUUUCUUCACUACCAGUGCUGAGUUGCAUAUGCUGAAGAAGCUGAAAUCUGCUGAGAGAUUAUUUUUGCUGCUGAAUAAAUAUCCUCCACUUUGCAUCUCUAGAAAUAAAGGAAGAGUAAUCCAUGACAUUCAGAAACUUGUAAAUAAGAAUACGAGCUCUUGGCUGGACAUUGUUACCCUUUGGAGAAGUCUUCAUGGUCAGGAGAUGAAACAAGAACACCUGUGUCAGGAAUAUCCAGAUCCAAAAAAGCGGAAAUUGGAAGAGGAGAAAAAUGUCAGAAAUAAAAAGCAGAAGAGAAAACUAAUAUCAGAGACAGUUUCUGAUGAAAGUCAAAUAGAAAGCCAACAGAGAUGUGACACAUCAGAAGUUCAUAAAGUUUUGUCUCAGGGCAGGUCGUUUCUGGAAAAUACUCCUGGGCUUAUCCAUGAGAAGUCUGUGGAGAGCAGCAGUGGCUUCAACUUCAGAGUGUCUUGCCGCUGUAGUGGAGCACUUGCAAAAUCAUUUACUGCACAGGAGAUGGGGAGAAUAAUUGGAAUAGCUCUUAUGAAGAGUUUUGGAUGGAAAGCAAAUUUGAGAAAUCCAGACAUAGAGAUCUUUGUGCAUCUAAAUGAUAUGUACACUGUGAUUGGGAUCCCUGUUUUCAGACUUCCCUUGGCAAGCAGAGAAUAUAUCCAAACUACUGGAUUGCGAUCUACCAUUGCUUGGGCUAUGACAUCCAUUGCUGAAAUCAAGGCUGGUGCAUUUGUAUUGGAUCCUACCUGUGGUCUAGGCACAAUACUUCUGGAAGCUGCAACUGAAUGGCCUAAUGUGCAUUAUUUGGGGACCGACAUAAGCGAAUCACAGUUACAAGGAGCUUACUCAAAUAUUAAAGCUGCAGGCCUGAUGGAUAAAAUUGAGUUAUUGAAAGCUUCUGUGACAGCAUUGCCAUUGCCUUCGGAAUGUAUUGAUGUUGUUUUGGCGGACAUCCCCUUUGGACAAAAGUUCAAAAUAACAAAAGACAUGAAGUUACUGCCGGAUGUUUUUCAAGAACUUGAAAGGGUGCUUUGUGCUGGAGGGACUGUUGUGCUGCUACUUAGUCGAGAGCUCUUUAAGUGCCUGCCUAGUGGCUCUGCCAAUGGCCCUGGGUCUGAGAAUCACAUCUCUGUAGACACUGAUGACGCGCAAGAUGCCAUGGUGCCAAUCGAGUCAGACGCCAAAGAAAAAGACAUUAGCCCCAGGACUGUUUCCUCAUCAGCUCAAGAUGUCGGGAAAGAACACAUCAGCAGUAAAAGGACAGCUGUUGGCACCCUGGUGCUGGUAGAAUCAUUUGAAGUUAGCCUUGGCAAAACAGAUGCAUUCAUAUGCAAGUAUAAGAAGGUAACUGACAUUUCUGCAAGAAGGUAGCAGCAUCAGUCAGGUGUGCCUGAAACAGUUUGGUGCUUGUGCUUAAAAUCACAUGGAUCCAAAGGAACUGCAUGUUGCUGAAUCUGAGCAUGGGCAUCAGAACUGCAUUAGCUUCCAAGGCGCCAGUGGACCCCAAAGAUCUGCCAGUGAAGGCCUUGUUAGAGGCUGUCCUCCAAGAGACCAUGGCUGUAGCUAGACCUAAGGUUUAUCCCAGGGUCAUCCCGGGUUCGUCCCUGCCCGAGCGCUGGAUGCCCUGUGUGGCACUUAGAUGAACCGGUUUGACCCCAGGACAAUCCUGGGAUAAAUGUUAGGUCUAGCUACAGCCCAUGUCUUCUGAAGUUAAAGGGGUGGCAAUCCUCUUGACUGUGGUGCUCUGCUUAUGGAAUGCUCCCCCCAGGGAGGCUUUCCUGGCACCCACUCUUAAUGUCUUUUUGAUCCCAGGUGAAUUGGGAUCAAAAUUCAAAUGCCAGCUGAAUUGUUUUUUGCUUCUUUGCUGCUGUAUGCUAUUCUGUCUCUUUUGUCUUACUAUUUUGUUUUGCUGUGUGUUUUUUUGUUAAAAAAAUGCCUCCCCUAAGAGUAUUUCUUUUUACUGAAGAGCAGGCAAGAAAUUUAUAAAUAAAUAGAGGAAGCUUUUUCCACCAUUUAUUAACGUGCCAGGAAAAGCUUCAGCUACUUCAUUUCUGUGUGUCAGGGGGCUGUUAAAGGCACAGAAGAAGGGCCAGUAAAAUUAAUAAGUGGCAAGCCAAGGACCUGCUUCCAUUCUUCUGCCAAAGAAUAAGUUUGUGUUAUACUUCCAAUAUUUUAAGAGGGCUUCGAAAAGUAACUUCAGUUGGGCCGACUUGCCUUCAACUUAACUGAGCUCUAUAGCAGGCAGUAAGAAACAUUCCAUGGAUCACUUCAAAUGCUUAUGUUAACGUGACUAUUUUUAAAUCUUUGAGAGACCUGUGUACACCUAACAUUCUAAUAAAUGUGAAGAAGUUAUUUUUGGAGAGUAGGACAA